CGCCCUAGUGACUGGCCUCCAGGAGGGGGACAUGGAUCCUUCUAGAAAUUUGGAGCAAGAGGCUGGGGAAGAAGGUUACACACUAUCGGAACUACCAUCACCAAGUAGAGUCUGCCACGUGGGAAGACGGAAGAGGCUGUGCGUUAUCCUAGAUCUCUCCCAGACCCCUGAACCUAGCCAACGUUGCAGAUCAAUUGUUUGAAAGUUCCCCGCCCAAAGGCCGCCUGGCCUCCUGGAGUGCCGCCUCCUCCCCUUCACCACUGUCCUGCGGGCCUCCCUCCCGCCCUGCUGGCCCCGCCCUUCGCCCUGCCCAUUCCCUCUUCCACCCCCCUCCUUGUGGGCGGUCCUAGCUGCUCACCGCCUGAAGAAAAGCCACCGUGCCUCCCCUGCUUCUACCUCUCACCCUUCUCUCAGGAGCUGCCUUCAUCGCAGUCACGCCCCUUCCUUCCGAGGAGCUUUUUGGCUGCGAUCGCUGGUAGACCCCUGAAUUACCCCUCCGUCUCCCUUCUCUUUCGUCCCUUCCCUUAGUUCUCAUCGCCUUCCCCCACUACCACCACCUCCAGCCUAUCUCGCCUCUCACCAUCCGCUGCUCCACCCUCCGGCCCGGUAUCCUGCUCGUCCACUGCCACCAAGGAGAGACCCGAGGGAGCAGCGAGGUGGGGAGUAGCCGGGACCUGGGGCUUCCUCCCUACCCAUCCCUGGCCUCCGGCCCGGGACCAAAACCACUUGAGGUUGCAGACAGAGUCUUUACCUUGUCUACAUUGCUUUCAGAGCUGCUGAGAAAAUCAGCGGGAGUGAAAGAACCACCAACUUCUUAGAAGGCCGAGAAGCAAAAGACUGACCAGUGGUUGGACUCUUGCCGGCGCUUACCCUGAACCUGAGUGUUAGGGGAGAGGGAAUCAGCCGCUGCGGUUUCUGGAGCUGCUCAUAAGCAAGAGUUCCCUAUCCUGAUCAAGGCUUUAAGCCUAAAAGAAAGCAGAAAUAGGUCAAGGGCAGCCCAAGUGCCCAAUUUCUCUCUCUCUUCACAAAGCACCGCCAGCUAUAGAGAUGAGAAAUUCUGACGAUCAGCCAAGCGGAGGAACUACGGUAUUGCAACGUCUGCUUCAAGAGCAGCUUCGCUAUGGCAAUCCCAGUGAGAAUCGCAGUCUCCUUGCCAUACACCAGCAAGCCACAGGGAAUAGCUCUCCCUUCUCUACUGGCAGUGGGAACCCAGGCCCUCAGAAUGAUGUACUGAGUUCCCAGGAUCACCACCAGCAGCUUGUGGCACACCCUGCUCGCCAAGAACCCCAGGGUCAGGAAAUCCAGUCAGAAAACGGCGUCAUGGAGAAGCAGCUGUCCCCUCGAAUGCAGAAUAACGAAGAACUCCCAACCUAUGAAGAAGCCAAGGUCCAGUCCCAGUACUUCAGGGGCCAACAGCAUGCUAGUGUUGGGGCUGCUUUCUAUGUCACCGGAGUCACUAACCAGAAGAUGAGAACCGAGGGACGCCCGUCAGUUCAGCGACUCACUCCUGGCAAGAUGCACCAAGAUGAAGGCCUUAGAGAUCUUAAGCAAGGGCAUGUCCGAUCCUUGAGCGAAAGACUGAUGCAGAUGUCAUUGGCUACCAGUGGGGUGAAAGCCCACCCGCCUGUUACCAGUGCUCCCCUCUCCCCACCACAACCCAAUGACCUCUACAAGAAUGCCACCAGUUCCAGUGAAUUCUACAAGGCCCAAGGGCCACCUCCAAGCCAACAUAGUCUGAAGACCAUGGAACACCGAGGCCCCCCACCAGAAUAUCCUUUCAAGGGCGUGCCAUCCCAGUCUGUAGUGUGCAAGUCCCAAGAGCCAGGGCACUUCUAUAGUGAGCAUCGCCUGAACCAGCCAGGGAGAACAGAGGGGCAACUGAUGAGGUAUCAGCACCCCCCUGAAUAUGGGGCAGCCAGGACAACACAGGACAUCGCCUCGCUGUCUUUGUCAGCCAGGAACUCGCAGCCUCACAGCCCUUCUUCUUCCUUGACAGCUGGGGCUUCCAGCUUGCCCUUGCUGCAGUCUCCACCAUCCGGUAGAUUGUCUUCUGGUCAGCACGCCUUGGUCUCGAACCAAGGUGACCACUCUGCUCACCUGUCAAGGCAUCAGCAGCAUCUUCUUCCGAAUCAGAGUCAUCAGGGGGACCACUACCGCCACGCCCAGGCCAGCCUGACUCCAGUGCAGCACCAGCAGCCCGGAGAAGCCUACUCAGCUAUGCCUCGGGCUCAGCAGUCUGCUUCUUAUCAGCCCAUGCCAGCUGACCCUUUCGCUAUCGUCUCUCGAGCUCAGCAGAUGGUUGAGAUCCUCUCUGAUGAGAAUCGCAACUUGCGGCAGGAGUUGGAUGGAUGCUAUGAGAAGGUGGCAAGACUGCAGAAGGUGGAGACAGAAAUCCAGCGGGUCUCAGAGGCAUACGAGAACUUGGUGAAGUCAUCUUCCAAAAGAGAGGCUCUGGAGAAAGCCAUGAGGGACAAGCUGGAGGGCGAGAUUAGAAGGAUGCAUGACUUCAACCGAGACCUGAGAGACCGUCUAGAGACUGCCAACAAGCAGCUGGCAGAGAAGGAGUCGGAGGGGUCCGAGGACACCAGGAAGACCAUCUCUCAGCUCUUUGCCAAACAUAAAGAAAACCAGCGGGAGAAGGAAAAGCUGGAAGCUGAGCUGGCUACUGCCCGUUCUACCAAUGAAGACCAAAGGCGACACAUUGAAAUCCGAGACCAGGCAUUGAGCAAUGCCCAGGCGAAGGUAGUGAAGCUGGAAGAAGAGCUGAAAAAGAAGCAAGUGUAUGUGGAUAAGGUGGAGAAGAUGCAGCAGGCCCUGUUGCAGCUCCAGGCAGCGUGUGAGAAGCGGGAGCAGCUGGAGCACCGACUCCGGACACGUUUGGAGAGGGAACUGGAAUCUCUUAGAAUUCAGCAGCGCCAGGGCAACUCUCAGCCCACUAAUGCUUCAGAAUACAAUGCAGCUGCACUGAUGGAGCUCCUCAGGGAGAAAGAGGAGAGAAUUCUGGCCCUAGAAGCAGAUAUGACCAAGUGGGAGCAAAAGUAUCUGGAAGAGAAUGUGAUGAGACACUUUGCUCUGGAUGCUGCUGCAACUGUGGCUGCGCAGAGAGACACAACAGUCAUUAGCCACUCUCCUAAUACCAGCUAUGACACAGCCUUAGAGGCCCGCAUCCAGAAGGAAGAAGAAGAAAUCCUGAUGGCCAACAAGCGUUGCUUGGACAUGGAAGGAAGAAUCAAGACCCUUCAUGCCCAGAUUAUUGAAAAGGAUGCCAUGAUCAAGGUCCUGCAGCAGCGCUCCAGAAAGGAACCGAGUAAGACAGAGCAACUCUCAUCCAUGCGGCCAGCCAAGUCUCUGAUGUCCAUUUCCAAUGCUGGAUCAGGCCUGCUUGCACACUCGUCUCCCUUGACUGGUGUGCCUAUCAUGGAGGAGAGGCGAGAUGACAAGAGCUGGAAGGGGAGCCUAGGCAUUCUUCUGGGUGGAGAUUACCGUGCUGAGCCUGUCCCAUCCACACCGUCCCCUGUGCCUCCAUCUACUCCCCUACUGUCAGCUCAUUCGAAGACAGGCAGUCGCGAUUGCAGCACCCAAACUGAACGUGGAUCGGAAUCGACCAAAGCCGCAGCUGUCACUCCCAUCUCGGCUCCAAUGGCUGUUCCAGUUGCUGCUGCUGCCCCUGCUGCUGCCAUCAAUGCAACUGCUGCCACCAACACUGCCACUGCUGCCACCAACACCACUAUCAUGGUAGCUGCUGCACCAGUUGCUGUUGCUGCUGUUGCUGCUCCAGCUGCUGCUGCCGCCACCCCAUCUCCAGCAAAUGCUGCUGCUCUCGCUGCUGCUGUCACUCCAGCUACUUCUGUCGCUGCAGCUACUUCUGUCUCUGUAGCUACUUCUAUCUCUCCAGCUGCUCCUGUCUCUCCAGCUGCUGUAGUGUCUCCAGCUGCUCCUGUCUCUCCAGCUGCUGCUGUUCAGAUUCCAGCUGCUGCAUCUCUUACUUCCGCUACUGUUUCUCCAACUCCUGUCACUGCUACUGCUGCUGUUGGAACUGCUGCUGCUGCCGCCGCUGCUACCACUGCUGCUGCUGCUGCUGCUGCCACUACUGCUAUUCAGGUUGCUCCAGCUACUUCGGCUCCGGUUCCAUCUCCAGCUUCGAUCCCGGCUCCAGCAACGGCUCAGGCUUCUGCUCCGACUCCGACUCAGGCACCAACUCCAGCUCCGACUGAACCUCCUACUCCAGUUCCGACUCCAGCUCCAGCUUUGGUUCAAGCUGAGGGUCCUGCAAGUCCAGGUGCCAGUUCCGGACCACGCAGUUUGUCUACACCAAAUCUGAUGUGCAAUCCAGAUAAGCCAGAUGCUCCUGCUUUCCACUCCAGCACUCUGGAAAGAAAGACACCCCUUCAGAUCCUGGCACAAGAGCCUGAUGCAGAGAUGGUGGAAUAUCUCAUCUAAACACCACAAUCAAGAGCUGGAGUUAUCAGCAAGAGUUCUUUUUUUUUUUUUUAAUAAUUUUCCCUUUCACUUGUUUAAUCUGGGGUGAAAAUGGGGGUUGGGAGGUGGGGAUGAUUUUUCUAAAGGGACUUUUUAUUGGACUCUGGUAGUACAUAAGUAAUACCAUAGAAAUGAAUUCCAAUCUAUUUUGGAAUACUUAGGAGGUACCUCAAAAAGAUAGGUUAAGUAGAAUGUGCUCUAAAGCUUAUUGUUGGGCUUUGUACAACUCAUGGACUAUUAACAGGUAGUGAUGUCCAUUGAUGUUUUGAAUAUGCUUCAACUUGUUUUAAAUUCCCCUAUUGGAGGUCAUUUUUCAUUGAAGAAUACAGUAUGUGUAGAAGGCAGGUUGUAACAUGUAGUUCUGAAGUGGAAAUUCAGGGGAGAGAAUCUGAGGACUUGCUACUUUGUCUAGUCACUACCUAGACAACAGCCACAGAAAGCUCUUACUUUGGGCUUGAAAAAAGAAAGUGUUUUAGGAGCUAUGGAAGCUAAGGAAAAGGUAGAGUGGAUUAGGGUGAAGGGUGCUGGAACCAAUUUUCUCUCUCAGUUACCAGUUACCCUGCCCCCUCAUUGAUGGUAUUUCUCUCCAUUUCAAUGGUGCUUUGGAAGCGGAUUCUUUUGGUUCCCUCCUGGAGGUUGAUACAUUCAUAUAUAUACUCUGGAAUAAUUUAUGCAUUUGGAUAAUUAAUAUAUUGCUUUCAGAUGGUAGAAAGGUAAAUGAACAGAGAUCCAUGACUGCCUCUCAUAGGGGAUUAGGAGUUUGAGGCCUUGAGGAAGGGCUGCAUGAGAUGCUGCAUGCAGAGUUUAAGAUCUGGGUUUAGUCAUGAAACGUGGCUCAGUCACCUUACAUUAGUCCAGUUGUCUGACAUAGCCUCUCCCCCACCCCCAACAAUGCAGACUCACUGGCUGGUUUGCCAGUAUUUGUUUGCCAAUAGUUUGGAAGAUAAGGAAACAUCCUUGUUGACAGGUUGAAUGUGUUGAAUUUCUGGCAAAUACUUGGAAAUAUUUCUUUUUUCUGUUUUCCCAAAUCCUUAGCAUAUGCCCUCAAGGGUAUAUGCAACUGUCACCUCCAAGGAAAUGCAUAAGAAAUCCAAAGUACCAGGCUGCAGUCAGGAGCAAAGCUGAUUGCAGCAAUCUCCUCAACUACCUCUUCUCACUACCAGUGACUCCAUCUUGGAAUCCCUUUUGGAAGCAGCUAGGAAUGUAUACAUGGGCGGGACCAACACGGGGCCUUGCCAUAGAGCUGCCUCCAAGGACCCAGAGGGUGUCAGUUGUCACAGGUCCUUGUCCCUUGUCUCUGCCCUUCAUUAAGGCAAUAGAACUGCAGAUAGUACUGCUAAGAUCAGUUUUCAGGGGUCUAGGGAGGUUAAGGGAGGGGAGGGUAUUAGGUAAGGGGUAGAAGUUUAGAGAUGUGUUAAGUUAGAAAUCAGAUCGAUACAAGGGUAUCCUGUAUUAUGCCAUGGGCUAUAGUGGUGGGGAGGAACUUUACUUAGCAAUGUAGCAUUAAGUUUAGUGAUGAGGAAUCCGAGAGUUGGAAAAGUUCACCGACUUUUUCAAGAUCACACAGCACAUCUCUGUUCUGCCAAUUACAUAUGCAUUUUGGGAAAUGAUUCUAAAAGAAGAAUCUGUUUUGAAGAAAGGACAUCUUCAUAGUCUAGGGCAACCUACAUUAUGAAAAUCUUGGUGUGAAUAGAUUGAUUGGGUGUCUGAAUUCUUACCGUGUCUCUACUGGAGUGCCUUGUGUGAAAUUAGUUUUUUCCUCAUCCCAUUUAAUCAUUGAGCUACAUGAAAUGCACCCCUACAGAAAAGUUAACCCAUCUGGUUUUCAUUAUAAAAUCAGGUGUCUUGGGUCAUUUUAUGUAUUCUUCUGUGAGUAUAAGAGUGCUAUAUUUACCUGUAUUCUUGUGUAGUUCCCAAUUACCUUCCAAAAGAUUUAGUGUGUGUGUGUGUGUGUGUGUGUGUGUGUGUGUGUGUGUGUGUAGAUGAGGGAAGGUAAUACAACAACUUUUAACUAGUAUUUUUUUUCACGUUUUUAAUAGCAAAGUGGUCGUCCAAUGUAUUGGUCCUCAGUUACAGAAUGAAUGCCAAAUAGACAUUUAAAAGUGCAAGGGGAAAAAGCCCUUCAGACAGUAGAAGAAUCAGGCAGCAGGAGAGCUACUUUCUGUCCAAGCAAAUGAAAUCAAAGCAACUUCAUGUCCUUUCAUGAUGAAAACACAUUGCUAGAAUUUGGGCCACUCUCGGAGCCAUGAUUAUAAUCACAUACUGUAAAGUGACAGAUGAAGUGCACUCCUCACUGUGGCAACCAUCUCUUUAGAAUCAUGUGUUUGUGGGAAAAAGGAAGUCCUUGCUGAAAAGUGUGUACUUUCCAGAACCUUUGUGCCCAGACACACAAGAGGCAGUCCUUCUCUUCAGUUUUCUGUCCCAGGCAAUUUGCUAAAAGGACAUUAUAUGUCUAAGAGAUGGAAGAAGACUAUGUUGGUAUAGUCUGCAUAGACUCCACCUUUUGAGAAAAAUUUUUACCGCAUACAAGUUUAAAAAUUCGGUAUAUGGGAUAAAUCUCAAAUUAACCAUGUCUUCACUGUUGUGUGGAUGUAACAUUUGGGGCCUUUUCCUGGACUUCCCAGAAGUGGAGGGGAUAUUUGUUGUCUUAACUUUUACUGUCUAUGUGGUCUGUGAGGAUCUUAUAAUUCAUUUUGUUAUCCCCAAUGUCCCAUGUCCAGCAAAAUUUCAUUUGAGGGAACUAUACUUGAUACAAAACUAUUAACAUUGUUGGAAGUACUUGAACUUCCUUUGAAAGUCAUGUAUUGUGACUGUUGUCUUAAUGAAGGUUAUAAUUUCAGUGUUGCUUUUGAGCUGCAGGGUGAUGGGGCAGUAGAAACUUGAAACAUCUGCCAUCAUCUAUGGCAGGAAACAUAGCAAGAUACCUGUCAUGGUCUCUUUUACUUUUUGCACUGUUGAGUGGGUCUAACAAACUGAUUUCCCAGCUACUUUUUGAAAUGAAGAAUCUAAACAAUGUGGCAGCUUAAAAGUAUAGAUGUAUGUGCUAACUUGAAUAAAUGCUCCUGUCUGUUAGCCAUACAAUCUGUCAUCUUACAAGCUCAUUUGUACAUGGAAUAUGUUACUUAGGAUAUGUACCUUCUUACAGAAAACGUUCUCAAAGGGAACUACUCACUGUGGGUUCAUUGUCAUGGAUUUCUGCCUGCCACAAUCUUCAGAAAUUCUUCUCUCGAGUGCCAUCCAUUGAUAGUAAGACCUGGCUCAGAUGCAUGUACAUUUUCUUCUGGUGGUAAGGGUGGGUUACAAGAAGUUUUCAAAUCCUUCUGACCGCCUUUGUGAUCAGUGGCAUGUGUUUAAUAAGAUGGCUGGAUGGGGUUGGCAGAUUGUUCAAGAAGAAUUAUUUUUGGCUUAAUGUACAUGGUCUUGUAGUGAUUGUGAUCCUAUUCUGUAAUCAAAAGAGUUAGAUCAAAUAAAGUUAAGCAGGUUAAAUCCACUUUGUGCCUAUCUUUCAAUAAAGUUAGCCAUUUUAA